AUGGCUGUCUCAAUGCACAUUGUCGUAGCUCUUUUUAUUACCAUCCUUUCCUUUAUCCCUAAAGCUUGUCUUGCGGCAAACAAAAUGAAUGCCAUUGAUCAAUGUUGGAGAUUGAAUCCAAAUUGGCGAAGAAGCCGACAACAACUGGCUACUUGUUCUGUCGGGUUUGCAGGGAAAAUGACUAACAAUGUUGGAAAAGAUGUUACAUUGUAUAAGGUCACCGAUCCUAGUGACGAUCCUGUGAAUCCCAAACAAGGGACGUUAAGAUAUGGAGCCACCAUGAUCAAAGGCAAAGUUUGGAUCACUUUCAAAAGGAACAUGAAUAUCAAACUGGAGAAACCUCUUCUUAUCAGCAGCUAUACCGCCAUUGAUGGUCGCGGUGUUGAUGUCAGCAUUGAAGGCGUCGGAUGCCUCGUUGUGUACAAGGCAACCGACGUGAUCAUCCAUAGCCUGAAGAUUCACCACUGCAAGUCACAAGGUCCUAGCUCAGUCAUGGGACCAGAUGGGAAACUAAUGACGUUAGGUCAGAUGGAUGGGGAUGCCAUAAGACUGGUCACUGCAACCAAGGUUUGGAUAGACCACAAUACAUUAUAUUCAUGUCAGGAUGGUCUUCUUGAUGUCACUCGUGGGUCUACAUUUGUUACUGUCUCUAACAAUUGGUUUAGAGAUCAAGACAAGGUUAUGCUUCUUGGUCACGAUGAUGGGUUUUUGAGGGACAAGGACAUGAAGGUCACUGUUGCCUUUAAUCAUUUUGGACCUAAUUGCAACCAAAGAAUGCCAAGAGUUCGCCAUGGAUAUGCACAUGUAGCCAACAAUCUAUACCAAGGAUGGGAACAAUAUGCAAUUGGAGGAAGCAUGAACCCUAGUAUUAAGAGUGAAUCCAACUAUUUUAUUGCACCUGUAGAAUCAGGAAAGAAGGAGGUAACAUGGAGAAAUAAUGCGCAAAGCAAGCCCUGGAACUUCUACUCUGUAGGGGACUUGUUUACAAAUGGAGCUUCUUUUGUCCAAACAGGUCGCCGAGGUAUGGCAAAGCCUAACUACAAUAAAGAACAAAGCUUCAAUGUUGGAGAUGCCAAAUUUGUGAGGUCAUUGACAGCCUCAUCAGUUAUGUAUCCUCUUAGGAAGGGAUAUGCAAAACCUUCACGACUUUUGUCAGCCACAGAACUGAAAGUUUGCACAGAAACCCCACAAGAAAAGUUUCCUACGUCUAUCAGAAAAUCUCAGUCUUUGUUCAAGGUUAAACUACGUACAAGUAAUGUUUAUGGCUCAAGUCUGAGCGAUCCUAAUGCUGGAAUACUCUUGUGCUUGAUAGACACAAAUGGUGACUCAAUAUUGCACAGGAUACCUGUGAUUUUGGAGUCCAAUUCUGCUGACUCAAUGGAUAUGUUUGAGCGUGACACACUUCAUUUCCAAAGAGGUUCAGUUGAUGAAUUCACCUUUGAGGGGCAGAGCAUCGGGAGAAUUGAAUCUCUCUGGGUCAGUGUUGAAUCAGGUCAAUGGAGAUUAGAUGGUGUGAGCCUGACUGUUAUUAAUGCUUCUCGACCAUCUCUAGAAGAGAAUGAUGGACAGGAGAUCCAGUAUAGUGGUUUCCAGUAUGAAUUUGAAACUGAUGAUGUUUUGCUAGGAGAGGGAAGCGACAUGGCUAUGGUGGAACUUAGACCUUGCCUCGUUUCUGAAUUAUCUGGCAUUGAUCCAUCCACCUUGUGGAGUAAAAGCCCUUCCUUAUCUACUUUACAGCUUGAUGGCAGGAUUUCUAAUGAGGAAAGCAUGAAAGAGUAUGCAAACUUGAAGCUAUCGUUGUUAUCCUAUGAUGCCAUGCUAAUUUUUGUGGGUACAACAAUAGCGAAUUUCUCAGCUGGAGAAAAUACUGCUUUUGCAUUCUUUAUCGGUGGAAUUGGUGGCUUUUUAUAUUUGUUGCUGCUGCAAAGGUCUGUAGAUGGAUUACCAGCUUCAUCCAUUCCCAGCAAUGCCAGCGGGAUCAAUAGCCUAUUUCAAGGAAUCAAGAGUCCAAUAUUGAGUUUGGCGUUGGCAGUAGGAUUUGCUUUUCUAGCAGUGAAGUAUAGCUCUGGCGAUAAUCUCUCAGUGUUGACUCCAAAAGACCUUCUGGCUGGAAUGUUGGGGUUUCUUGUAUGUAAAGUGGCUGUGGUAUUGGCAGCAUUUAAGCCUAUGAAACUGGGUUUUGAGGAAAAGGAGUGA